CGCGCAGUGAAAAAAAUAUGCACCACAUGGAAAGUGCCAAAAUGAGUGGAUCCGUAAGUAGUGCUACUGUAGUGGAGAAAAAGACGAAUAAAGCCAAAGAUGUAAUGAAUGGAAUUGAUCAUAAAAGUAAGGUGGCAGGCUCUAAUUCAAAGACGAAAAAAGUUGGAUCGCUAAGUGACUUACAUAUGUUGAAUGACUUUCUUGCUGACGCUAGUUAUUUCGGUGGCUACGCCCCCAACAGUAGUGACAACGCAAUUUUCGAAGCUAUAAGCAAUCCCCCAUGGCCAGUAACAGUUCCACAUCUCGAGAGAUGGCAUCGACAUAUGAGAAGUUUUACAUACGAGGAGCGUCAAGAUUUUAAGAAAAAUACUAUUCCAACGCAGUUCACAAAGUUGUUUCCUUCGAACAGCAAAUCUGCAUCCGAAUCUAAGGGAUCACUUGCAGUAAAUAAAAUGCCAAAGGGAACUGCUCAGGGACCUGAGGAUUUACAUGCAAAUACUAAGUUCACAUUGAAGACACCAAAAGGGACACGAGAUUAUGGACCUGAGCACAUGGCACUUCGCACAAGUGUUCUUGAGAAAAUCAUUGCUGUGUUCAAAAGACAUGGAGCAGAAACUAUUGAUACACCUGUUUUUGAACUCAAGGAAGUGCUUACUGGGAAAUAUGGUGAAGAUUCAAAAUUGAUAUAUGAUUUAGCUGAUCAAGGAGGGGAAAUACUUUCUUUGAGAUAUGAUCUCACUGUCCCAUUUGCUCGUUAUUUGGCAAUGAACAAAAUAAGCAACAUAAAACGUUACCACAUUGCCAAAGUUUAUCGCAGAGAUAACCCAGCUAUGACAAGAGGUCGAUACAGGGAAUUCUAUCAGUGUGAUUUUGACAUCGCAGGCCAAUAUGACCAUAUGAUUCCUGAUGUUGAAUGUGUUCGUGUUGUGUAUGAGAUACUAAACAGCUUGAACAUUGGAGAUUUUGUUGUGAAAGUCAAUCACCGACAACUUCUUGAUGGUAUCUUUGAAGUUUGUGGGGUGCCUGCAGAUAAAUUUCGGUCUAUAUGUUCUGCUGUAGAUAAGCUUGACAAACUAUCCUGGGAAGAAGUGCGUCAUGAGAUGGUUUCAGAAAAAGGUCUUCCAGAGGAUGUGGCAGAUCGAAUUGGAGAAUAUGUGCGCCUCAGUGGCGGACAGGAAUUGGCUGAGAAACUACUGUCAGAUAUGUCAUUAAAGAAAUCGAAAGAUGCCUGUGAAGGCCUUGAAGCUAUCAAGCUAUUUUUGCACUAUUCAGACUUGUAUGGGGUUUCUCAUAAAAUUAGGUUUGAUCUUAGCUUAGCUCGUGGUCUUGAUUAUUACACUGGAAUUAUCUACGAGGCUAUCUUAUUAGGUGAAAACAAAGCCAACGCAAAUGAAAGUAGUGGAGUUGGCAGUAUUGCAGGUGGUGGUAGAUAUGACAACCUUGUGGCAAUGUUUGAUUCUAGGCACAAAAAUGUGCCAUGUGUUGGUGUCAGCAUAGGAGUAGAGCGGAUAUUUUCUGUCAUGGAAGCACAAUUGGCAGCAAAUAAUUCAAAGAUGCGUACAACUGAAGUGGAAGUUUAUGUGGCUUCUGCACAGAAGAACCUGCUGGAGGCCCGAAUGAGUCUCUGUAGGGAGUUAUGGGAUGCAAACAUUAAGGCUGAGCAGUCCUACAAACGAAAUCCAAAGUUAUUACAACAACUUCAAUACUGUGAAGACUCUGGGAUACCUUUAGCAGCAAUCCUUGGUGAAAGUGAACUUCAGCGAGGUGUUGUAAAACUGAGAGAUGUGAAGACUAGGCAAGAAUCAGAGAUACCAAGAGAUUUGAUUGCUAAAGAAAUUCGUAACAGGCUGAGCAAACCCACAUGA